CACCAAACAUACAAGUAUAAAACUCGACGGCAAAAAUAAAAGAAUCUUGCCCUCCGCCCACCUCGCCAGUCAGUCUUGUCUCCUCCCUUCUCAGUGCGAGCAAGAAUCGCUCGAAUUUUGUUCGACUUCGAGUAGAAAACUGAAAGAUAAAAUAUUACAUCGUUUUUCAAUAUCAAUUUAUGUUAUCUCAUUGUUUUAUUUGAUGGGUAAAUACUGAAGGAGUAAGUAAGCAGAUGAGCGGGCCAGCGGUGCACCCGGUGGAGGCGCCUCCGCCGACGACAGAUGCAGCGCCGCCGACGGUUAGGAUGAAAGACGUUCAGGGAAUGGCCGGAACCACCGGCGCGCUCUUCCUCCGCCUCUGCCAGUUCGUCUUCGCUGCCGUUUCUCUCUGCGUCAUGGCCACCACCUCCGAUUUCCCCUCCGUCACCGCCUUCCGCUACCUUGUUGCUGCCGUUGGUUUGCAAAGUUUAUGGAGCCUGUCUCUGGCUCUUGCUGACAUAUAUGCUCUUUUGGUGAGGCGAAGUUUCAGAAAUACUGGAGUUGUGAGUUUGUUUGCCAUUGGUGAUGGGAUAACUUCAACUCUAACAUUUGCUGCUGCCUGUGCUUCUGCUGGUAUCACCGUCCUCAUUGGGAAUGACCUUGAUAAAUGUAAUCUAAACCACUGCACAAGAUUCAUGUCAGCUACAGCCAUGGCCUUUCUGAGCUGGUUUGCUGUGUCCCCAUCAUUUCUGCUGAAUUUCUGGUCUCUGGCUUCCCGGUAGCACAAAAAUGCGAAAUAAAAGCUGUGAAGGGAGUUGAUGAUCAACUGGAUGCUGCUGCUCUGUACUUUCUGGGUGUUUUUUGCUUUGACAGUCAAGGGAAAAAGAUCUGGAUGCCUCUACUACCAUAUCACUGAAUUCGGUGGUGAAGGGAAUUUGGUAAUGUAGAAUUUAUUCACCAGUGGUGGAAAAAGAAUUGUUUUGCUCAAGUGCGUUGGUUUCACCACCGGUGUGGUUUCAAAUCAAUAUCAUUUAUGUCCCAUGUUUGACUAGGGUUCAA